AUGACCGACACACUUUUUGGAUUCAACAAAUCGAAUGUCGUGUUGGCAGCCGGUGUCGCCGGUGCUGCAUUCCUCGGGUAUUGCAUCUACUUCGAUCACAAGCGAAUCAACGCUCCAGAUUAUAAGGACAAGAUUCGGCAAAAGAGACGCGCUCAAGCAGGAUCCGGGGGAAUGGCUGCUCGUCGUCCGCCCGCAGGUGGUAACGAGAUGGCCCCAGACGUUACCGAUCCAAGUCAAAUGCAAAGGUUCUUCUUGCAAGAGGUUCAGCUCGGAGAAGAGUUGAUGGCCGCUGGAAAUGUGGAAGAGGGAGCAGUGCAUAUUGCCAACGCCGUCAUGCUGUGCGGAGAAUCUCAACAACUUCUUUCCAUCUUCCAGCAGACAUUGUCAGAAGAACAGUUCCGCGCUGUUGUUCAACAACUGCCAUCAACACGUGAACGUCUGGCUGAUAUGUUCGGAGCUAGAGCUGACGAAGCCGAGAAUGAGCCACCACUCGUUCAAUAUCUCGGAGAUGGACCACCACCAGCACAAAUUCAAGAGCUUAUCGAUGAUACUGAUGACUUGGAGUAA